AUGUCUGCUGAUCUCGACCAAAACCCCUCCCCAGCCGACAUAGCCGAACGUGAACGUGAGAACCAAGAGCGCAAGGCCCGCGAGGAUGCGGAGCAGGCUCAGCUGCCCUACAAGUGGACACAGACCAUUCGUGAUGUGGAAGUGACGGCACCGAUCCCCAGUAAUAUCAAGGGUCGCGAUUUGGAUGUGGUGUUGGCCAAGAACAAGAUUCGCGUCGCAAUCAAGGGACAAGAACCCCUCAUUGAGGGCGACUUUCCCCAUGCUAUCCUUGUCGAUGAAUCGUCCUGGACCCUCGAGACCACCCCCACCCCACCCGGCAAGGAAAUCACUAUUCACCUCGACAAGGUAAACAAGGUCGAAUGGUGGCCUCAUGUCGUGACCACUGCGCCCAAGAUCGAUGUUACGAAGAUCACGCCAGAAAACUCCAGCUUGAGCGAUCUGGAUGGCCCCACUCGCGCCAUGGUCGAGAAGAUGAUGUAUGAUCAGCGGCAGAAGGAAAUGGGCGGCCCCAGCAGUGACGAGCAACGGAAGAUGGAGCUGUUAAAGAAGUUCCAGGCUGAGCACCCUGAGAUGGACUUCUCCAACGCUAAGAUGGGUUAA